UCACCACCACCACCUACUUGCAGAGCUCCCAAAGCUCGCAGCUUUCCUCCAUUCCCCUCGACAAUGCCGACCCGCCCCCCUCCUACGCCGACCCCCGCCUCCCCCUCCGCAGCCUCCACCCGCCCACCGCGCAGAAGCCCCCGCCGCCGCCGCUGCGGCGGCUGCGGCGGCGGCGGCGGCGUCCUCGCUCCCCGCUCCGUCUUCAAGGCCGUCCUCGUCGCCCUCCUCCUCGUCGCCGUCCCCUUCUUCCCCUCCCAGGCCCCCGCCUUCCUCGACCACCGGGUGUUCACCGAGUUCUGGGAGCUCCUCCACCUCCUGUUCAUCGGCCUCGCCGUGUCGUACGGCCUGUUCAGCCGCCGGAACCCCCGGGACGGCGGGCCCGGGGGCGCCGAGCGGCCCCCCGUCCCCGCAGCGGCGGCGUGGAGCGCGUCGCGGGUGGGGGAUUUCCUGUCGAUCUUCGAAGACGGGUACGAGCUCUCGUGCGGGCCCGACGGGAAGAUCCAGAGGCCGGCGCAGGAGGCGUGGAAAUGGGACGCUGCCCACUACUCCCAAGGUGAGUCCAAGGUUGCUUUCGGUGAAGAGACUGAUUUUGCUAGUGAGGAACAGUUAAAGUCUAGAUCUUUGAGCUCUGAGAAUGGUGAUGCUGUGGUUAGUAGCUGGAGUUCUCAGUGUUUUCCGGUUGAGCCCAUGGUUGUGGUGGCUCAGCCAAAUUUUAAUCUCGGUGAUGAGUAUAGCAAGCCCUUGGGAUUGCCUGUUAGGAGCCUUAGAUCACGGACUGGGGAGCCGAGUAGGCGGAAAUCGAGAAAUGGAGGUGGAUCUGUUCCUGUUUCUGGUACCGGCCACUCUUCGAUUAGCUCCGAUGGCCAUAUCAAUGAGGAUUUUGGUGAUGUGGGUCCGGUUAAUUUGGAGAAGAAGUUGAACGAAACCAUGGCUGUGCCUCCGGAUUCAGCAAUACCGGGGCAGCCGAGGUUCGAGAGGAUGGGGGUUAGAGAGAGUUUCGGUAAUGGCGGGAAGAGACGACAUGCUAGGCAUAUCUCAGCUGAGGAAUCUCGAUUUAGGCAUCACAGAUCAAGGUCUCUUAAGUCCAAUGGGUCUUUAAGUUCGCGUACAGGUUCAGCAUCGUCUUCCUCCUCACCUGACAAGCUCUCUCCCUUGCAUUCCGCUUCUUCGGACCUGCCAAAAGUGGAGGACCCUUGGAACAAGAAGGACCAGUUCCCUUCUUCACAUGCCGCUUCGCCACUUGAUGCUUGCGGUCCGUUUGAUGUGUCUGGCUAUGAGAAGGGCGUGGGGAGAAACUUGACAGAUAAAGAUGAUUACGGUGAAAAUGUGAUACAUAAUUCGUUUGACAGCAAAAGCACGUUCUAUUCAUCUUCGAUGAACAGGAAAGUGUCACCAGACAUGUCUCAUUCUCAGAGAAAUGAGAAGAUUCUGCUCGAAAAGUUAAAUGAUGAGCGGAUGGAUUUGAGCGAGAAGAGAAGUCAGGAAUUCUCGGGUCAUAAACUUCCACCGCGUGGAUCUCAUUCCCGUAGCUAUACUAGUAUCGAAAAAUUCAAUGAUGAGCAGAUGGAUUUUAGCGAGAAGAGAUAUCAGGAAUUCUCGGGUGAUAAACUUCCACCGCAUGGAUCUCAUUCUCGUAGCUAUACUAGUAACGAAAAGUUAAACAACGAGCAGAUGGAUCUGAGCGAGAAGAGAAGUCAGGAGGAAUUCACGGGUCAUAAACUUCCACCACGUGGAUCUCAUUCCCGUAGCUAUACUAGUAUCGAACAAUUCAAUGAUGAGCCGAUGGCUUUCAGCGAGAAGAUAUAUCAGGAAUUCUCAGGUGGUAAACUUCCACCGCUUGGAUCUCAAUCUCGUAGCUAUACUAGUAUUGAAAAGUUAAACGACGAGCAGAUGGAUCUGAGCGAGAAGAGUAGUCAGGAGGAAUUCUCGGGUAAUAAACUUCCGCCUCGUGGAUCUCAUUGUCGUAGCUAUACCAGUAUCGAUACUUUUCUUGAUGGGGAUGGCCAGAGAAAACUGAAGGAUAAUCGUGAGGACCCAGGGUGCAUCAGCGGAGAGAAUUUAUCGCAUAGAAGAGGGUUGCCUCAGGGUUCUCUGAAGUUAGAUGUCAAAUCGCGUGAGAAGAACAUCAAAGGUACGCCGAGAGGAAAAUCAGUCAGAACAUUCAGAGCGUGCAGACAAACAGAAACAGUUGAUCAAUUCGAAGAGGCCUGUCGAAAGUUCAUAGAUGACAAGGUGGGAAUGAAGCAUGAAAAGACAGACCAUUUUGGUAUGAGAAAGGAAGGGAAGAAAACUAAAGGUUCUCAGAGCUCCUUCAGUAGUGCGGGUCAACCGAGUCUGAGAAAUUCCAGUCCUGUUUUGCAGCAAGAGUUUGCUGAUUGUGCAAAUGGUGAAACGAAUCAUCGUGACAACAAACGUGUGGACUCCGGCGGGGAGUGGAUGGCUGAGGCUGAAAAUCCCCAAAGGAGAUUGGAUAAAGAAGCCAUGUCCGACUGUCUCAGUGACGCGGGAACUGAAGCUUAUGAAGUUGAUAAGAAGGCUGGUGAGUUCAUUGCCAAGUUUAGGGAACAGAUUAGGCGUCAAAAGAUGGCAUCCAUCGGAUCCUUAAGCGUAGACUUCAGUGAAGACGAUUAUAGAUAAAGACUAAAAAUUUAUGCUGCUAUGGAAGUCAUCUAACCAGGUGUAUAUGCAUUUCAUAGCAAUUUCCUCAACAUUCUUUUUUGCCUUGUUUCAACAUGCUUCAUUUCCAAUUCUGCUGCCUUACAGUAUAUAGUGCUUGCGAUUUUAACUAUACUGGUCCUUCUGUUUAGAAAUAGAAAUGUUCCUUUUCUUAGGCGUUUGUACUUCGUCAAAUCGCUUGUGGCGGAAUCAGCUGUAAUCCAUCCGGUAGUUGACGACCACCGUCCUCAGCUCGGCUAUCGCAACGCAAUACAUGCUAAAGUUCUUCCUCUCC